UUUUCCUCCUCUUUCACCAAUGGGGCCUAAGGAAGAACUUUCCCGAGAAGUGGGGGCUCCUGGUCACAGGCAGGAGCUGGGGCCCCCCUUUCCCUUCAGCCCUAAUUGCCAAGAUGUCACGGUGGGGAGAGGAGGGGAUUAGGCAGAUGGGUGCCCCUCCCCCUCCCAGCCAAUGUCACCUCCCGGGGCCCAGUCCCCCUCCCGGGGCCAGGAUUACCCUCCGAGAUCCAGGCCACAUGGCCAAUGACAUCACUGCCAGCCGGGGCUUAAAGUCUCCCCGUGUGAGGGGACCCGUCUCCUUCAGCCUCUGCCAUCUGACAACUGUCCUGGACGUGACAACUGUCCCUCUGUCCUGGAGGCCCACUCACCUGGUCCCCAGUGUCCGCAAAGAUCAUGAUGGCGUAUAUGAACCCGGGGCCCCACUAUUCCGUCAGCGCCUUGGCCCUGAGCGGCCCCAGCGUGGAUCUGAUGCACCAGGCUGUGUCCUAUCCGAGCGCCCCGAGAAAGCAGCGGCGGGAGCGGACCACCUUCACCCGGAGCCAGCUGGAGGAGCUGGAGGCCCUGUUUGCCAAGACCCAGUACCCAGAUGUGUACGCCCGCGAGGAGGUGGCCCUGAAAAUCAAUCUGCCGGAGUCCAGGGUUCAGGUUUGGUUCAAGAACCGCAGGGCUAAGUGCAGGCAGCAGCGGCAGCAGCAGAAACAGCAGCAGCAGCCCCCAGGGGCGCAAGCCAAGGCUCGUCCUGCCAAGAGGAAGGCGGGCACAUCCCCAAGGCCCUCCACUGAUGUCUGUCCAGACCCUCUGGGCAUCUCAGAUUCCUACAGCCCCCCUCUGCCUGGCCCCUCAGGCUCCCCCACUGCGGGAGUGGCCACUGUGUCCAUUUGGAGUCCAGCUUCAGAGUCCCCUUUGCCCGAGGCCCAGAGGGCUGGGCUAGUGGCCUCAGGGCCUUCUCUGACCUCAGCACCCUACGCCAUGACCUACACCCCAGCCUCUGCUUUCUGCUCUUCCCCCUCAGCCUAUGGGUCUCCCAGCUCCUUCUUCAGUGGCCUGGAUCCCUAUCUUUCUCCCAUGGUGCCCCAGUUGGGGGGCCCGGCUCUCAGCCCCCUUUCUGGCCCCACCAUGGGCCCCUCCCUGGCCCAGUCACCCACCUCCCUGUCAGGCCAGAGCUAUGGCGCCUACAGCCCUAUGGACAGCUUGGAAUUCAAGGACCCUACAGGCACCUGGAAAUUUGCCUACAACCCCAUGGAUCCUCUGGACUACAAAGAUCAGAGUGCCUGGAAGUUUCAGAUCUUAUAGAAGCGACGUCUCCACCUCUUGUUUAAGUCUCCUCCCUGAAGCGCAGGUACUCGGACGGCAGCUCUGAGAAAGCCGCAGGAGCCAGCCAUCCUGCCAAAGGCUGUGGCCACUUUGACUUCCUGAGAAGCUUAACACAACACAGUCCACCCCUUUCCUCCCUGGGAGAGGGGCCCCUUCAGCAGGGCUCAGUAAUUCUCUCAACCCAGCACCAUCUCACACCGAUUCUAACGGGCAUUUUCAAACAUGAGCCCCAGACUCCAGAAACUGGCACUGAGAACUUGCCCCGAGAUGGAACGAAACCAAACUCACAGUUGAUUUGGGGGUAAGGUUUAGGUUGGAAUCGAGAUGCCCUUGAACAAACCAGUAGGGAGGUUUGAUGUCCUAACUUUCCAUUUUAAACUCUUCUUUAGCACGUGGCUGGUGAUCCUUCUAGAACUUCCAAAGGUAGACUUUAAGAGGCCCCAUCAUGGAAGCUUAGGCCAUGUAUUUGGCGAUGAUAACCAACUUUACAAAUGACAGUUACAUGGUAGGUACGGGGGCCUGUUUGCUAUGUUCUAGUAUCGAUUUCUUAGUUUCUUCUUAAAGAUACUUCAUCGUUCGGUCAUUCAUUCAUUCGGACGUUGGGAAUGGACACAUUUGGUAGGAGAAUGGAAGGCAAGUUGCCUGCUCCAUGUCUACUAGUAUAUUUUUUCCUUUUGGUUUAGGGUUGUCUAAAGGUGACGUUCACCCAAACAUGGGAGGAACUGGGGUAGUUUCAAGGGGUGGACCAGCCCUAGUUGUGGGUAUUUCAUAGAGAAAAAGAGGUGGACAGGCUUCCCGACCUAUAAAUACACAAAAGUAGGGGUGGGGUGAGAACCGGAUUUGGAGGAAGGCCCACAUUUAAAACAGACAAUUCCUCUUGUAGACUGUUCGCUUGCAGUUUCGAUUGUGGGACCGGACAACAGUGCUUGGCCUGAGGAUGUUUCCCUGGGGCAACACCAUAUUUCU